UUUGUAAAACUGAAGUAUCUUCAAAAAAAUUCAAAACAGAUAUAUAACAUCAAAUUGUUGGAACUGGAUAUAAUAUCUUCUAUUGUUGGACUAUCUACGAAAUUGUUAUAACAACAACAAUAAUCAUUUCAUGCUUAGAGGCACGUAAAUAUGCUUUUCGAAGGUAGCUGAAGUCUCCUCUUCGGGCAGAGGGAAGAAUAAUGACAACAGAUUUCCGCGAUUGAACUAAACCACACCAAGGUUCAUUUCCAGUUUCCUGAUUCGGAUUAUCUUGCACCAAACUUCACAAUGGUGUGUGUGGGAGAGGGGUUUUAAGAUAUCCAUAGCAGCAUUUGGAAUGAUUCGAAAGAUAUAUGCUACUCAAGCUAAAAGAUGUGCUGGUUACUAGGCUGCGAAAAUCCUUGCUAAUUUAAUUGUCAUGGGCUCGACAAUAUUAGCGAGGUCUUUUGUUCAAGCAUAUCGUCAGGCACUGGCAAAUGCCUCUAAGAAUGGGGUUGCUCAAGAAGCAGUACAGAAUAUCAAAAGAGCUAGUAAAACGAUGACUGAAGCAGAGGCAAGGCAGAUUCUUGGUGUCACUGAGAAUUCAUCAUGGGAAGAAAUCGUCCAGAGAUAUGAUAAUUUGUUUGACCAAAACGCUAAAAUUGGAAGCUUCUACCUUCAGUCAAAGGUUCAUAGAGCUAAAGAGUGUUUGGAAGCAAUUCACCAACCUAAAGAACCAGACGAAAAAUAAACAACUUUGUUCAGAAUGUUUAAUGUAUAGCUCUGCUGCAUAGUUGGUUUACCAACCUAUAGUCAGUUUGUAGGAUUUUGUGAAAAAACUAUAAAUUCCUUCUGAUGGAGGAAGCAUUUUUUUUUUUUUUUUUUUUGCUAUAGUAACUCGAGGUUCCUAUUCAAGUUUCACCAGUGGUAUCUGGAAUAUACAAAAACAUUGUACAAUAGCUGUAUUUAUAAAAGGUUAACCACUUAUCUAACCAAUGUAAAGUGAAUGUCACUUUCCACCUUUAUUCUGGUAAAUAUUCGAGGAGAUGAUCGAUAUUGCAGGAGCAAUUUUGAUCUUGUUAGAGCGAAGUAUAAACUUUCAAGUGCGUGGAAGUUGGAACAAGUAUAUGUUGACUGUGUCUUGAAUUUUAGUGGACUGAAAAGCUGGGAAUCUAUAUUGCUAUCGAAGGUUGAGGACCAGUAAAGAAAAAACUCAGGAUCAGACAUAUUUUGACAGUUCGCAAUCAGAGCUCGAUCGCUCACUGAUCGCAGAAGAAGAACUGCAAUGCUAUUGUGGUCAGAGCGCGGUUGUGGAAGAAGUCCUGCAGGUCACGUCAUGCCUGCGGGCAGCUUGGUUAGAGCGCGAUCACUUGACGUAAAUUUGAAUCCUGUUAUAUUUUUGUCUAUUUUCAAUGCCCAUUGAACAUGUAUGUUUGGGAAAUUCUUGGAUAUUUAAAAAGAAUUGUAAUUGGGCAUAUCUUGUAUUGUUUGUUUCUUUGAUUUUGCAAAACUCUCUCUGCUUUUGCACGU